CACUCCAGAAUUUUUUUUCCAUCUGUUUGCUCAGCUCUGCAGGCUUAAGAGUGUUUUCCUGGCUUCUCUUUAUCAACUUGCCUGACGCUGCCCAGCACCCACAGUCUGUCUGAAAGCCUAGCCAACACCAAGUAACUGAGAAGACUUUGGGAUCUGAGAUUUGCUUUUUACUUUUUCUUGCUCUGAAACCUCCACACAGUGUUCCUGCCAGACAUCUCCAUGCCAGCACCGCCAGGGCCGCUUCAGGACUCCUCCAUCCUCUCAGCCCAGUUUAGGAGCAAAAUUGAGGAGGCAGCGCAUCUUCAGGUAUUCCUGGGGCUGGGACUGGCUCUUCUUUGCUUCUGCCUUCUCGGUUGUGCAAUAUGUUGGCAUCGGCGAAAGAAGCGCCAUCUCAACCCUUGCAAGACGCAGGCAUCGGACUGUGCGCUGGUGGAUCUGGGGCCCAUUUUGCCCACCAGGAUGACAGCUGUGCCUGUCCAGCAGCAAUACGUAGAGAUAGAAGGAGAGGUUCUGCAGAGCCUGCCUCCUGCAGCUGCCGAUUCGUCAACCUCACCCAGCCACAACAGCCCACCUAGGAACAUCCUACGUGGCCGAGCUUCCCUACCCAGCAUUUGUCUCCCUCAGAAAGUGAGCCUGGCAGUCAGGACCCCUGUAGGCCGGGAGCGCCGCUGUACCAUCUCUGGGGACAGCGUGUUUGGUGAUGAAAGGAGCCUUCUCUCCAGUCCCAUCCUGGGGGCCGUCGUCCCACAGUCCUACACGAUCCCCAAGGCCCCGUUUAGUACUGCUAUGAAGCCACGGCCUCACCUCCACUUCACGCUGUUCUACUCGCAGCUCGAGGCCACGCUGACUGUGACGGUGAUCGGUGUCUCCCACUUGCCCAAGGGCAUCCGGGCCAGCCGGAACUCCUACGUCAAAGUCUACCUCCUUCCGGGGUUUGCAGAGACCCAGCGCACUGCUCUGCGUAGGAAGAGCCUGAACCCCGAGUUCCACGAGCAGUUUCGGUUUGGCCACUGCAACCUGGAAGAACUGCCAAGUCUGACACUUCGCUUUGCCGUAUAUGCCAAGGAAUUCCACAACCUGAAGGAUUCCUUCAUCGGUGAGGUGUUGUUCCCAUGUGCCCAAGUGCCCUGGAACCAAGGUUUUUCCUCUGCCUAUACCCAAGAGCUGUCAACCACUAAAACCAAGCUCAAAAAGUGCUACAGUUCCCAGGACGUGAGCUCUGCUUCUUCACUCUCCCAGCCCAAGUCCAUGGGUCAACUCUUCCUCCUACUCCAGUACCAAGCUGUGGCCAAUCGCAUCAAAGUUCUGGUUCGCAAGGCAGAGAACCUGGGACGGGUCACUUGCCUGCCAGGAACACCAGACCACUAUGUUCUGAUCCACCUCUACCACAAUGGAAAGGUCAUUGAUACGAAGGAGACCAAGUCCAUAGCAGGUUUCAGUCCUGUGUGGAACUCCCCUUUCCUAUUCAGUGUUCCUGCUGGAGUCAUCCAGGAGAAACAGCUGUCCCUGGAGUUCACAGUCAUGCAGGCUCGCCUUUACACCCGCAGUUGUGCCAUUGGUCGAGUGCUGAUUGGCCCCAUUGCCCCCGAGAUGGGACAGGUCCACUGGAAAGAGAUGUGCAGCCGGGGAAAUGUGGAAUCUGCCCGCUGGCACACAAUUCAGCCUGAAGGCUCUCAACUCUACCCUUGAUAUGCAUAUCUAAAGUUUCCUACUGGAAGAGUCAUCUGCCUAUUGGGGCAAAUGAUGGCAGCUGUACUGUAGUGGGUGGCUCCCAUUAGCUGUGUCUGGACUGAGGCAAGAAAUUUUGGAGCAAAAGCAACCGUACGUGCCAGCAAUGGCAGCUUUCUGCUAUGGGAAGCCAAAGAAGGCUUGAGAGAUAAGUAGGACUUCAAGCAGUCCAGUUUGAGAAUGGACUUAGCUGAGGAACUAAAGAACUCCAAGCCAGUUCAGAGUGCUCUUAAGCCAAUUCUGAGUUCUCAAGUGAAGAAUGUUGAUACUUUGUCCAAAGAGAGCUCCCGAAAACCGUGGUGUAAAAAAAAAAAAAAUAGACGGCAACCUCUGAUGGAGAGCCAAGGAAGACAGAAAGGGCAAGUGGAUCAAAUUUUGUAGUUGAGAGUCGUAACAGUCCCUUCAGACACAGUGGCCUCAAAUCCAAAAUCCACUGCAGCAGCUUCUGGAGCAUUACAUCAUCUGCAUAACUGUUGACUGGCAACCGUAAUGAACAGAACUGAAACCUGCAUCAGCAAAAAUGAAUUUGGACUGCACUCAGGCAGGCUCGAAGGACUAUAGGUGGGAUGCUGGCUGGUCUGCUGCUGUUACAACGAGGAAGCAAUUUUGCACGGUUCUGCCACUGCACUGAAGAAGCGGGGGGGGAUGUUCUGAGUGCAAACAGAAAUGUGAGAACAGAAGGUGCCUUGGACUGAGCAACACCACCAGCAGCAUUAUUGCAAUGCUACUUGGAAGAGUGGUUCUACCAGGGGAGUGGGACAGAAGUCCGUGUAGCUCUGUCUGUCUAGGAAACCUAGCCUCUGUAAAGAGAGCAUGUUUGUAUAAACCAUAUGUAUUGCCUUCAAUGGGACUUUAUUGCAUUCAUUUUCAGAAUAUAUUUAUUUCAUUUUCUUUUCCAGGGGGUCAGGACAGCACACACAGAUCUCUCCCCCUCUUAGUCCUUUUUUAUCUUCUCAACAACCCUGCGGGAAGGUUAGACUGAGAGCAGGUUACUGGCUCAAACUUUCCCAGGGAACUUCAUGGCUGGGCAGGAUUUGAAUCCUGAUCUCCCCGCUCCUAAUCAACUACUCUAACCGAUGGAAAGGGUACCUCCCAGAUGUUGCUAGACUCCAACUCCCAUCAUCCCUGCUGAAUGUGUUUUGGAGCCCAACAACUGGAAGGCCACAGAUCUCCCCCCCUUAACAACUUAAUAUCCAGGCUAGUACUUUGUGCUUUGCCACUAAACCAUUGCCCUUUCCCCACAGGAAGAUAAGCUUUUGUCAUCCUGUAGCCAAGCCAUUAGCAAUUUUCCCUGAUAUAAUGCAUUUGUGUAUGUUAUUUUCAUUAAUAUAUGCCUUUUUGUGCACCCUUUACUUUGACUGAGGAAAUGCAUUUUUGGACACAUUACAUGGCUGGAGAAAUGUAUUGCAAAAUUCGGAAAAGUGUGAAUUGUGAAGGAUGGGCAUACUUCACUUUGCAUAGUGUUUUGGGAACUGCAAAUUAAUUAAGUUUCCCUUUCAAUGCAAACCAAAUUAAAUUUCUCCACCAUCCCUACCCUUAGAUAUGGCUUUUGGCAGUCCACAGCCAAAAGCCACACCGUUUGGAAAUGUGCGAGUGAGAUAUGGUGCUCAUGCUGGAGCAGUCAUUCAGAGCUGGCUGAGCUGCUCCAGCUCUCCUUUCCUUCAGUUCUCUGAAGGUUCGGGGCUCCCUUUGAAUUUAAAGGGAGCCCAUGGUCGUCGGGGCCCAUACGGCCUUGGAGAUAAAAGAGCUGAGCUGUGGGGACUGAGUAAGGCCCCUUCGCUCUCGGUGUGGCUCUGGGACUCUUGCAGGGAAGCUGUAGGGCCUAAUGAGAGCUUGAUGGAAGGCACAGCGCUGUCUGACACUUCUAGAUGUGAUUGGAGGGAAAAGAUGCAACUCUGCUUGUCUUCAGAACUGGGAUGGAGCUCAGUCCCCUGCAUAGCCGAAGGUAGAUUUUCUCUACUGCGAAAGGAGAAUGCAAUCUCAUCACUUUGGGGUGAAUGCACGGAGCUGUCACUCCCUUGAGCACUUUGCAAAUCCUGCCCCAGACUCAUGGAGAGCCUAGGAACCAAGAGUUCAGUACUGCUCCUUUCGGGCUGUUGUUUCGAAAGUCUGCGAAUCUCCUGGAUCUGUUGCUGGAACCUCAUCUUAGCUGUUUGGGGAGUUGGGGGGCAGGGAAAACAGGAGUGCAGAUUUAGUAAGCAAUUAUUAAAUUUAUAUCCUGCACCUUUAACUCCAAGCAUUGCAGCCAAUGCUAGCCCUACUCAGAACAGACCCAUUGAAGCUAAUGAUCAUCACUACCUUAGGUUGAUUAAUUUCACUGGGCCUACUCUAGCAUUGGCUGCAACCCUAAGAGUCUCCAGGGCAGCAACUCAUACAAAAAGACAGAACAACAACAACACAACAUAAAACAGUAAGACACAUAAAAGUAAGCAUCAAUAAAAACUACCAGCAGCUCAGCUUGAAUUGCUCAAAAGUUAGAGCAGCAGAGGUCAGUGGCGGCUGGUAGCUCCAUGUCAGUGGAGCAGUGGAGUCCGCUCCAGGAUUUAGUCCAAACUUUCAAGGAGCUGGCCCAGGUCUCUAUAAGAAGUCCAUGCAAAUGAAAGCAACCAAGGUGUGUUGUGGGACCUUAAAGACCAACAGAUUUAUUAUGGCAUAAGCACUCCCUCCAUAAAAUACUAUGCCAUGAGUUGCCAGCCAGGGCACACCAAUAUGUCAAUGUGCCUGCCAGGACUUCCUAUGGCCCCUGUGAAAGAUCUCAGUAAAUGUCCCCUCAAACCUCCACAGUGGAUGAGAGACUGUGUCCUCUUCCUGUGCAAUUCUUCCAUUGGCUCAGCCUCUCCUGCAGUGAGCACAUCCCCUUCAGCAGGGCCCACAUUUCACUGGAUGAGCAGCCACCCUCCCUUCUGUUCUGAACAGAGUAGGGAUGAGCAAAUAUGUCACUGUCAGAUUCUCAUACUUCUAGCCUUAAGUUUAGUUCCCCCCAUUUCCACAUCAUGAAUAUAUUCACCAGCAUUUUUGCGCAAAUUUCUCCCAAUGCACAUUUUUAAAAUGUUUUUCGUUUUUAAAAAAUGUUGCCUAAUAUAAUGCAUUUUUGUAUCUUAUUUUCACUUAUGUAUGCAUGUAUGUGCACACUUUCUGCUGAUGUACACAUUUUUGUCUUUGUCUUCUAUUGAUGGUGAAGGGUGAUGGUGGUACAUGCCUGCAAGAUUUUAUGGCCCUGACUCUUUUUCUACUCUUUUAGAUGUGGCAGCCAUUUUGUGUUACACCUCCCCCCCACAGUACCCAUUUUGGGAUAUGCUAUGGCAGCCAUUUUGUGACUUGCACCCAUGGCGCAUUCUUAAAAUUUUAAAUAUGUCCACUGAUUGAAAAAGGUUGCUGAUCUCUGUCUUAUCCCAAACAAUCAUAAACAUAAGAACCAUUCUCAUAAAGACAUUACUCAAAUAUAAUAAUAAUAUAAUAUUAUCAAAUAUAAUAAAUCAACUCAGACAACAGUAGGUUAGAUUACUGCAAUGUGUUACAUAUGGGGCUGCCUUUGAAGACAACUUAAAAACUACAGCCAGUGUGUUAGAAUGGAAAAUUUUGAAUUAAUUUGUUCCAUGUGAAAUAGAUCUUUAGUAAAAGCCAAUGUUAAGUUGUCUGACAUGCAAGGGUUAAGGGAUGAAGGUUGACACUGGAACAACAAGUGAGAUUCACAUACAACUGUAUCAUCUUGUGUGCUGUGCGUAACUAUGCCAGGCUAAGACUCCCAAGAUUCCCAAGACUCCCACCUGCGUGCUUUGUGCAAUCUGCCUAGUGAUAGAAGAAUAUAUCUAUGCUUGUGAGAACUGUAACUUCAGACCUCACUGGACUGGCAAGAGCUGC